CGGCGGGUGGGGAGCGGCAGGCGGGCAGGAUCCCCGGAGGCGCCCGGGCUCUGCCCCUCUAGCUAGAGAGGCGGCCGAACCCUAGCGGCCUGGAAGGGAAACUGCGGCCAGCGGGCGAGGAGCCGCCCCCGGGGACCGGGCGCCGGCGGGUGGGUGAGCAGCCCGCCUGGCCCGGGUCGGAGUUCCAGCCCCGCGAUGGCCUCCGCGGGCAGCACCGCUCGGCGGGCGGGCUCAGGAAGCUGGCACUCAGAAAGGGAAGAAGGGAGAGGUGCUCGGCCGCAGCCAGCUCCACGUGGCUCCAUGCAGCGGGCGAACAAAGUCUCCUUGAAGGCCACCUGGACUGAUGCGGAGUCCAAGCAGCCCAGCCCCAGCAAGGAGUCCGACCAGACCACGAUCGACCAGACGGCGAUCUGGAGCUACUACCAGCUGUUCGCGGCGGCUGUGGGCAACGUGGAAUGGCUGCGGUUCUGUCUGAACCAGAGCCUCAGGGAAAUCCCCACCGACUACAAGGGCUUCACUGCCAUCCACUUCGCAGCCCAACGGGGCAAGCUUGCAUGCCUGCAGGUCCUGGUAGAGGAGUACAAGUUUCCCGUGAACCUGCUGACCAACAAUAGCCAGACCCCCCUGCACCUCGUCAUCCACAGGGACAACACCACCGUGGCCCUCCCCUGCAUCUACUACCUGCUGGAGAAAGGCGCAGCCCUCAAUGCUCAGACAUGCAACGGCUCCACGCCCCUGCACCUGGCAGUCUGUGAGGGCCUGCUGGACUGUGUGAAGGUCCUGGUACAGAGUGGUGCCAACGUCCACGCCCAAGAUGCCAUGGGCUACAAACCCAUUGACUUCUGCAAAAUAUGGAACCACCGUGCCUGUGCCCGGUUCUUGAAGGAUGCCAUGUGGAAAAAGGACAAGAAGGACUUUGCCCGUGAGAUGAGAAAAAUGAAGACGUUCAAGAGCCAGCUGGCCCUCAUGGAGUACAACUACCUGAUUGAGUAUCAAAAAGAGCACAAAAUUCUCAGAGAAGCUGCUAUCAGAAAGUGGCUACAGGGCAAGCUGCACCCAGGCCACUCUCUGGUCUCUAAUACCAAGCAAGCCCGGGCCACCACCAUCUCCAAGACUCCAGAGCAACAGGGAUCGCAGCUUUCCAGGAGCUUCCACCCCUCUGUGGAGGCGCGCCUGCAAUGCAUUUCACAGCCCACGGAGAUGCCCAAGCCCAUCUACAGGAAGCCCACGAUCAAGCGGCCCACGAUGUGGAACGUUAGCAACAACCCUGCCAGACCCCCCACCACCCGGAUCAGCCACUCACAAGGCAUCCGCCUGGGCGUGCAUCCAGACCCCAGCCCGGAGCACGACUUCAGCAGCUUCCUGGAGGUGAGGCCAGACGGGCACGGCGGUGCACGGCUGCACACAGUGGAUGGCCACUGGGUGGCGCCAGUGCCGCGGCUGCCUUUUGAGGUGCUGCUCCGCAUGCUGUACCCACGUGUGUGGCCCUACAGAAUGAAGGUGCCCCAGGGCUUUUACCCCAUCACCAUGAGGGAAGUGCCCAGGAAGCGGCACCUGGGUGAGGACACCUUCUGGACUGACACUCUGGCCAUGAACCUGCGUGACACAUUUGAUGAAGCCUUCCUGGCAGCUGUGCGAUCCCAUCAAGGACUCCCUGCCCUGCCCUCCCCACAAAUCAACCCAUAAAGUUAUCAUUGCUACCUCUCCCCUGAGGCAGCCCAGUGAAGGGCUGACGUGUGGCGAUUCGCAUUGUGGGUGGUGAGGAAAGGGGGAAGGGUGCCUAUGGGCUUCCCACCCCCAAGCUCGAGAACAGGAGUCCCCCUUCCCAAUCAAAAGCCCAGACCCCAGGCCUCCUUUCACCCUGCAAAGAAAUCUCUUGGCACCCCCCCA